UGCUUGUCGUGUAGUGGGCAAUUUUCGUUCACCGUCGAUAGAAAAUAAUUUUACAGAUUAUGAGCGGUAUAUUUUUUAUAUUUGGAAAUUUUGAUGUGUAAAUAAUAGGAAUAAUGUUAAAUUGUGGAUGCUUUCUCAGGCCAUACUUCAUCUUUCACCUUACGUAUUCUAUGUACCGAAAUAGUAAGUACUUCGCAAAGAAGCACGUUGUAAUCAAAUUCUUGAUGUGUCCAAUAACGCUUACAUAACUUUAAAAGAUGGAGGAAGAGUCUGAAGAUGAGUUUCAGGAGGAUAUCAGAAAUCACUCUUGUAAGAGGAUGUUAAGCACUGAAGAUCCUGAUUACUCUCGACCACCAGAUCCUAAAAGAAUGAAGGAAAUGGAAGAGAGAGCACAAGAUGAACUGAGAGAGCGUGUCAUUAAGGUUGUCGAUAGAGUCCUGAGUAGUGCUGCCAGUGAAAAACAAGCUGAGAUGGAGGAGAUUGAUUCUCGAAUCUUGCGCAUGCAGCAGUGUUUGCAUACUUUACGAUACUGUGUAUCUUUGAAUUAUCAUACUGUUGAUAAGCUUGUAUCAAGUGCUGCCACCGACAAGCAAAGUUAUGAAGUUCAUCCUGCUGUCAGGAAAUACAUGGGUAAAGGCCCAGUGUGCAAUGUUGCAUCAGGAUCCUCAGAAAAAGAUCUCCCAAUGCUAGACUCUCAGGCACCAAGUCAAAUUGCUCCUGAUGCAUGUAGAAAAGAUGUAUCUUGCUAUGGACAAAAACUGUGUGGAGAAAAGAGUUCAAGUAGAGGAAAAAACAAAAGUGAAGGUUCAGAAUUUUCAUUAAAUUCUGAAAUUAGCAAGACACCUGAUACACUUGUUUGCUCUGAUACUAAUGAUAAACCGAUGUUAAGGAAUGAGGACAAGACACAAGAAAAUGAAGGGAAAAAAUUAGAGUUGUCAAGACCCCCAAGCCCAAAAUACCUGCCACCAAAACCACCUGACUCGCAGAUAAUUGCACAGGGACGUCAUCAGAAAUUCCAGAGUAAGCGAAGAAUUGUGGUUGGCAAUACCUACCAGUACCUGACACCUCAGACUGGCAGGGAUGCUGAGGAUGCCAUGCGUUACAAAUGGCAAAUAUAUGUACGAGUUCCUGCCCAAGAAACUGCCAUAGAGACUUUUGUGUCAGAUGUAACGUUUAUACUUGACAAAAGUUAUGCUCCCCAUCACAUCAUAACACUCAAACAUCCUCCAUUUGCCCUUAGUCGACGUGGUUGGGGUGAAUUUAAAGUGCAGAUCGUACUGAAUUUUAAAGACACUAGGAACAAGAAAGUACAGCUUCUUCAUCCUUUGGUAUUAAGUAGACCAGAUGAUCCUCUGGCUCUUACUGGACUUUGGAGACUAGGUAAAGAAAAUUGGUAUGAUGUCUGGGUCUAUGAGUUAUCAUCAUUAGGAGAAUCAAAGGACAUCUGUGAAGAGUUGACUUUGAAAGAUGAGGAAAUCCCUGCUAAGCUGGAGAGAGAACUCAAGAGUGGUACAGUAUCAUCUAGGGUUGACCAAAAUAUAACAGUAUAUCAUGGUGGAGAAAUAUCUCCAGUUAUAACCAGUGCUAGUGUAAAACUGGUAAAGGAAGAAAAUGUUACUACAGACAAGUACAUGAUUGUUGAAAACUGUAAAAGUACAAUUAGUGGUGUCAGUGAAAAGACAAAUGUAGUUGAAAAUGACUCUCCAAAUAAAUUAAUCAAUAUCAAGAGAGAAAAUAAGUGUGACUUGGUACCUAGUAUUCAGAAUGUUAAUGACAGUGUAGUGAAAUCUGAAAGUGUUAAUCCAGACAGUCAUGCUGUACCAGUUAAAGAGACAUCAACAUCCAAACCUUCUGCUAGUAAUGGCAUUCAAAGUAAGAUGUGUAAAAUUCAUGUCCGACAGCCUGAUGGCAGGCUUGUCCCAUAUUUCAUUCCUGCUCAUAUGUAUUCUUUGGCAGUAAAGAUUGCAAACAUGAGAUCUAAUGAUACCAGUAUGAUUAAAGCUGAGACUGGUGAAGGAGAGCAUAGUGUCCCAAAAUCCUCUCCUCAGGCAGAAGUUGCUGUGAAUCAUGUCGUGCAUGAUGCAUCUGGAAACAUUUCAAAAACUGUUAGUCUCCUUGCAGUACCAGAAAGUGGCACAAACAAGAAUGCCAGGGACUUGGCUGGGAGAAGUCAAACAGAUGAAACUGCAGGCAAGAAUAGCGUUACUUAUACCAGUACAUUAACAGCAAGUAAAGUUGAAGCUCCUUCUCUUGUGGUGAAGACAGUUGAUGCUGAUGUAAGGAAUAAUCAGAGUACUGCAGUUAAGAUUCUAAAUUUUUCUCAUAAGAAUGUUACAAAAGUAAGUCCAGUACCUGAUAGGGAUUCAUCUGUAAUUAAUGCUCAAAAACUAACCCAUACAGUGCAGUCAAAACCAGUACUUAUGAAAUCUGGGAAUCUAUCCCAAAGUGCCUUGUUGCAGCUGUUAUCUAAAGUUGGAAUUAAAGAUGGUAAUACUAAUGUCAAGCAGCAAUUGUUAUCAAAGAGUGGUAUUAAAGGUAUUAAUCUUGCAUCACUACAAAAAGCACAAGGACAGUUAAUUACAGCUAAAGUUCCACAAGGUACUAAAUGUAAUAUUCAAAUCAUGCCAGUUAAGAUCUUACAGGAUAAGCAGAAACCCAAAUCACAGGAAGGGGUUUUAUCAAAUGCAUCACUUUCAGCAAGGUUAACGUCUCAGUUAGGCCAACCAUCAAAUCUAAAGUUAGUUACUAAUGAUGGUCAGUUGAUAUCAUCAGGAAGUUUACCAAAAGGAACAAUAAUCAGUGCUUCCACAAAGGGAAAUGCAACCAUUAAGCCAUCUCCUAUGAAAAACACCAUUUUUACUGUUCGUACAUCAGAUUUAAAGGGGAUGACUGCAAAUUUGAAAGACAGAGCAAGUAUUUUGACGUCAGAUGGAAGAAUUUUAGCAAAGCUAUCAACAGGAGUGCAAGGUGUAUCCUCUCAAGGAAGUAAUGUUGCAUCAAAAAUAAGUGUUGUGCAGUGUAGUAGCACAACAGGAAAAGGAAAGCAAGUUCAGAUAUCACCGCUUGUUAUUGGAAGAUUAAGUGAUAAUAAAGUGAAGAAUUUGCAGACUUCAGUGUUGCCUUCUGAAAAUGACCACGUGCCACUAGCAGGUGUAACAGUCCUUACCAGUGAUAGUUUAGUCACACCUGUAGCAUCAACAAAGAUUCAUGCUUUUAAACCUAAGAAUGUAGCAUCUGUGUCUGCUAAAAUUGUAAAAACUUUUCCUGAUAAGUAUACGAGUAUUCUGCCCUUGAAAUGUGAUGGAGGUGCAAAUGCAGUUUUUUCAGAAAUGUGUGAUCGUCCUAGUGAAGUGGCAAAUAAUAUACUGGGAGAGCAAGAAUUAGGGGAUCAGGAUUUGUGGGAAGAAAAGGCAAGGAAAUUAGUAGCCAUUUCAAAGUCCUGCAGUUCAGCAGAAUCAUGUGUAUCAUUGUGGGUCCAUGCUCUUCCUCUGGUAUCAUCUUCUACAACUAGAUCUAUGAAAUCAUUAUUUCCUUACCGUGCGACUUCACAUGAGAAUUUCUUGAACUGGCCUCUCGGCAAACAAAGAGCCUCUGAAUUUCAAAGAGGUCGUGAAGUCCGAAGAUGGUUAGAAAAGUGUGAGGUUGAUGGCAAAAACAGAUGGACAGUUCGUAAAAUUGUUGGCUGGGCCAGAAGAUAUGGUUAUACUCCUAUACCAUACAGGGAAUUGCUUCCUACGGAUGGUUUUGUAAGGAGAGAGAGUCAUCAUAAUCUAGAUAUAACUCAAAGUACUCUAAGUAAUGUAGAAAAUUUUACUGAAGGAGCCUCUCAUCAUCUGUGGUUGAGAUCUCAAGAUUUAGCGGCUCAGGACGUUGAUAUUGUAACAGCUGAUGAUACUUUAAAAGAAAGGACAAGAAAACUUUCAGCAUCGCCUUCAAAAAGUGCAUCAGAAAUUGUUCCAUGGACUGACUUGGAUAAGGUCAGAGGAUGCGAGUGGAUUGGACGAAGGGCCUCUGAACUCCGCAUUAGUCUUCCAAUGGAAGAGAUUCUUCCAGGUUAUAGGGUCGAUGCUGGUAGAGCUGUUGCAUGGCAGGCAGCACUUUCUUUUAUGGAAGACUUACUGAGGUCAUCAUACUGCCAGGCUUGGGAAGAGAAAUCAUCGGACCCCAACGUAGUUCCUCCUAAAUCUAUUAGUUUUAGUCAUGUUAGAGGUGCUUUGCUAAAUACAAGACCAGAAUUUGAUCUUUUUACUAAUGAAGGCUUAGGGGCUGUCACCAAAGAAACGGAGACUACUUAAAUAUCAUAAGAUUUUUUUUCUUAAUUUGAAGUAGUUCCUCUGCCAUUAAUUGUGAUAUAACUCUUAUGCCAUCCUCAAUAAUUACUUUUGUCUAAAGAAUACCAAGAAAAUACUCUAUAUCACUAACAUAAUUAAUUGUAAGCCAUACUACUAUAUCCAUUGUUAGCUUUCCUUGUCAUAAUUGUGAUGGUUUCAGUAAUUUUGUUAUCCAUUUGGAUAUAGUUUUAUUAAAAUGAUGGUUAUGAAUAAUAAUUUAUAUAAUUGUAGUCAAUUGGGUCAACAAUUAUUUUUGCUUAUCUUUAUGUCAGUGUUCUUUUUUAUAUUAUAUUAAAUUGGCUUUAUUUUUCUUAAUAAUCAUGGUUUUACAAAUAGAAUGCAAUUGAAGGCAGUUAAUGGAAGUUUUAAUUAAAAGCACAUUUGACUAAAUUAUGUAUUAGUUACAUAUAUCCAUUUUGUUGUUACAAUUCCAUUUCAGCCACCAACUCCAUGCUCUUAUUAUAUAUGAGAUAUUCUUGUUUAUGUAAAUUGGAAACCUUUUAUUGUACUGUGACUGAAGUAAUUUAAAAGUUAGUUGGUUUGGUAAAUUAAAUUCGGUGAAUAAGGUUACUCACCCGGAGAAACCUUAUCGCACUCACAGAAAGAUUUCACUUCAUGACUUGGCUUGCGUAUUAUAAAUGGACUUUGGUGAGUUUUCUUUCACUGAAUGGAUAAGUUUUCACCCCUCCUUCAGUUUAGUUUUCAGUGGUGAUUGAAAAAAGUAAUAGAAUAUUGAUAUAUUUUUUUAAUAUGGAUGUACUUUAGUUUGAAUUUUGAUUUGUUAGUGAAGUUUUUGUAUGUUGUGCAUUUUCAGUGAUCUAAUUGAAUUUUUCUCAGUGA